CGCUCAGUCCGCAAGACACACCUCCAUCAUCACUUCCCCUCACCAUCUUUGAUCAAUUACAAUCUGUGAAUCCAUCAAAACACUUCCGAAUAUCAUCCCAUAAGAAGCUUCUUCAAUAGCAGCUUCAUCUCAAACUCAUAUUUGUUUCAAUAUUUCGGUUCUCACAAUUCCACACUCAUCGCAACCAUGGAAAACACGACUGGGACCAUUCCGGUGGUGAAGGUCUUGUUCGCUCUCUACCCAGGAAUGGAUGCCCUCAACGUCCUUGGACCUCUGGAGAUUUUGAACAAGGCCAACCACAACAUCAAUGAUGAUAGCACUGGAGCUUUUGAUUGCACCUAUGCAUCCGACACUCCUACCAUCGAGUCUGAGCAAGGUGUCAUGUUUAAGUCCGAUGCCUCCUUUGAGGAGAUCCACAAACACCUUAAAGACUUCGAUAUUUUGAUCGUCCCCGGCGGUGACGUUGAGACUAUCAUCAAGAACAAGUCCCAGCCUCUCAAGGUCAUCAAGGCUUUCUCCGAUGUCCAGCAGAAGUAUCCCGACAAGGAGCGCACUCUCAUGGCCGUUGGUACUGCCAGCCUCCUCCUCGCCCAGGUUGGUACUCUUUCUGGCCUGUCCGCCACCACCCACCCAGAUUUCUAUACCAAAUUUGAGAACAUCUGUUCCCAGGUUGCCCAGCGUGAUCUGACUGAUCGCACCAACGUCUUGGAGGAGCGAUAUGUUGUCAACAACCUUCGUUUCGACCUCGGCGAAGACCCCGAUGAGAACCCAUACAUCAGGAAGAAGUCUGAUGCUCGUCGUCCAUCAAAUGCCCGCAAGGGAUCGAACGCCUGGAAGGAAUCAAACACCAGGCGCGAAUCCAAUGCUCGUCGUGCCGCGAUGUUGUUGGGCGGCUUGCGGGUUAUCACAUCCGGCGGCACCGGGUGUGGCAUGGAUGCGGCGUUGUAUUUAGUUAGCAUCAUGGUUAGCGUUGACACGGCGAAUGAGGUUGCGCGCAUUUUGCAGCAUAAUUGGACUAAGGGCGUUGUUGUUGAUGGGAUAGAUGUCUGAGCAUUGCUUGGAGUUUAUAGAUCGGAUAGAUCUCAGUGUAUGUUGGGAUGAUGGCAUGGUCCACACGUUACCCAGUUUAGUCAUGAUUUUACGCUCUUUGAAGCUACUUGUUUGUUUUUAGCUCAAUUGAAAUGAAUCUUCC